UUUAUUUUUAUUUUUCUUGUUCUGUUAAUAUAAAAUGAAAUUGAUCAGUAAACAAGUUGAGAAAGACACUUCUGGAUCUGUCACACUUCUUCCCGAAGAACUUGAAGAUAUGUGGCACGUAUAUAACUUGAUCUCGAAAGACGAUAUGAUUCGAGCAACGACUAUUCGUCGUUUGCAGUCUGAGAGUUCAACAGGCUCUGUUACAAGUCAGCGUGUUCGCUUAAACUUGACAAUCACAGUAGAGAGUGUGGAUUUCGAUCCUAAUGUAGGUCUUUUGCGUAUCAAUGGACGAGUCGCUAGUGAAAAUAAUUUCGUGAAGAUGGGCAGUUAUCACACCAUUGAUCUUGAACUCAAUCGAAACUUUACUAUCUUCAAGACAGAAUGGGAUACCAUUGCUCUUGAGCGUGUACAUGAUGCUUGUGAUAUCACAAAGCAAGCUGAUGUAGCUGCUAUUGUGUGUCAAGAAGGCCUUGCCAACAUUUGCUUUUUGACUCAACACAUGACGAUUGUUCGCCAACGUAUUGAAAGUCCAAUUCCCAGAAAACGAAAAGGAUCUACUGCCAACCAUGAUAAAGGUCUCGAGAAGUUUUAUGAGCAAAUCUAUCAGGGCAUUCUUCGUCAUGUUCAUUUCGAUAUUGCCAAGGCUAUUUUGAUUGCUAGUCCUGGAUUUGUUAAGGACCAAGUCUAUGCUUAUAUCUUUGAUCAAGCUGUAAAAACGGGUAACAAGACAGUAUUGGAGAACAAAUCAAAGUUUAUUUUGAUCCAUUGUUCUAGUGGGCAUAAACAUGCAUUGACUGAAGUCAUGCAAGAUCCUUCUGUACAGGCUAAAUUGGCAGAUACAAAAGCAGCUCGUGAAGUACAAGCAUUAGACAAGUUUUAUGAAAUGAUGAAUAUGGAUCCUGAUAGAGCAUUUUAUGGUUAUGAUCAUGUAGCUAAGGCAAAUGAUAGAGGUGCUGUAGGCACAUUACUUGUGACAGAUGAACUAUUUCGAUCUGCAGAUAUUACUACUCGUAAGAAAUAUGUGGCCCUUGUUGAACAAGUCAGAGCUCAGAAUGGUCAAGUCUAUGUAUUUUCCAGUAUGCAUCCAUCUGGCGAGCAAUUGAAUCAAUUGACAGGUGUUGCAGCUAUUUUGACAUUUCCUAUACCAGAUAUUGAUGAAUUGGAGGAUGAAUAGAAUGAUUAUAUAUAUAUAUAUACAUAUAUAUACAUAUAAAAGAAUUGUACAUGUUUUUUAUUAUUAUUUACAAGCUUUCUUUCUUU